UGGAACCAAAAUGCGACUUGCUGCCGUCGCAGAUCGCUAACGGGGACGAAUUUAUGCCAGUCGACUGACUACACUCGAGCCUGGCGCACCGGAUGACGUACCGCCCGCUAUCGCCCAAGUAUCACAUUCCAACGUCGAAGCCCAUGCAUUCGCAAUCCACCUUUCAUUGCUCACCUCGCUCGCAUUAUCUAAACCUCGCAGGCUCAGCCCACCAAAUCCAGCCCAACACCCCAUCCGGAUGCUGCUUUCGCCAUCAUGAGAACUCCAAACCUAUCAGGUUGCGCAGGAUUCGCUCAGAGUGCUCCCUGCCUCCCUCAGCGCACACAAUUUUUGUAAAAUGGACCAGCAUUUGCGAACACGGCAGUUGGGACAUGGCCUCCAGCGGACUCGCGACGAAUUUCGUCGCGUCUACACAGGGAUUCAGCAACUCAAGUCGCGCCACCAGCAAAUCGCAUACAUCAACCGGAUCCAACCAAUGUAACAAUGUAACCCUGGCCGUGAGACGCUUAACGAGGAUCAACCCGAUUUCACGGCCGAUACGCCCGCGCGCCAGUUUCCAUUUCAGCAAAGACUAGGAUGGUUCUUCGGCAGGUGUGGUGGGCGAUUGCUACGCCAAUCUGCAAGACAAGAAGCGAGAUUCGUCUAUGCCAAGUGCGAUCCGUGGCUCCGCGGCCAGUAGGAUGCUAGUACGUAUCCGCGGCGUGGGACAGAAUCGAUAGA